AUGCGUCCUUACCCUCCCCACCUUCGUCCCGCCCCCUCACCCGUUUCCCCUCACCCGUUUCCCCUCACCCGUUUCCCCUCACCCGUUUCGCCUCCCCCGUUGCUCCGCACCCAUUGCCCCCAUCUCGUGCGCGCAGCGCGCCAUGCGGUGUACGGGGGAGUGCCGCGCCACCCCGUCGGCAUUGACGUCGGAGGGCGAUCGUCCGCCUCCUUCUCCCCCCUCCCGCCCCCCCACUCGCGCGGGCCCCCCGUUCCGCGCAACCACAGCGCAGACCGCCCUCCGCCGUCUCUCUUCGCGUCGCCACACGCCACCCCUCCGCGACCCCCGCAGAUCUCCAAGUCGCUCUCGCAGGGCGCCUCCUCCUCCGCGCUCCAGCAUACUCCCGCCUCCUCCUCUCCCCGCGCGCCCGCGGCCUCCUCUUCCCCGCGCACCUCCCUUUCCGCCGACCCCUCAUCCCUGUCCUUCCGCCCGCGCGCCCUCUCCGCCUCCUUUGCUGGGCGCGGCGGGGCGGGCGCGCGGGCAACGCUGUUUGGGCACGAGAUGGCGGAGUGGGGGGACGAGGGCGCGGAGGAGGAAGAGCCUGGGGAGGCAGGCGCAGGGGCAUGGGCGGGGGAGGGAAAGGGCGGAGGGGCGGAGCCAGGGGAGGGCGGAUUCGGUGGUCAGGCGGACACGCCUUACCGCAGGGGCGGGGGGGAGGAGCUCAGUGGCGGAGGGGCGCAGGCAUGGGCGCAGGCUGGCGGGCGGGAGGAGGAGGGCAGUGGGGAGUGGGGGCAGGGCGAGGGGGGCGAGGGGGGUGCGCCAGUGACAACAGGCAGCAGCCCCCCUAACCCCUCCGCCGCCUUUGGCCGCCAGUCCACCCUCCCCCCCCGCCUGCCCCGCCACGCCAGCCCCCUCCAGACGCCCUCCCCGCGCUCCUCCGCCCGAGCAGGCGCGGCGAGGCGGAGGGCGCUGGGUUCUGGCAUGUGGGCGGGGGCAGGGGGGAGCGGGAGGUGGGCGCAGGGGGAGGGGAGCGGCGAGAGGGAAAGGGAGGAAAGGGGGGAGGAGGGGGAGGAGGCGGAAGAAGGGGGGGCGGUGGUGUGGCCGAAGGGGUGGGCGGAGAUAGAUGCAGCAUGGUCGGAGGGGGAUAUGGGGGGAAGCAUGGGGGGGAGCAUGGGCGGAAGCAUGGGGGGGGACAUGGACGGGGGAGUGGCAUGCACCCAGAGCAUGGAUGGCGGGUAUGGCAACAGCAGGGGCGGGCGGCAGGGCAGCAGGGGGAGCAUGGAUGGGGAGGGGGGGAGGGGAGGCAGUGGGAGGAGACUGACACAGCUGGCCAGUGCGGGGUCGGCCGUGGGGGCGGGGCAAGGGGGCGCGGGGGAGGGCGAGGGAGAGAGCAGUGAGGGCGAGGAGGGCGGCAUGGCGGAGGCGUUCACUCGCCAGUACACCGCCCCGCCCCGCUGCUCCGCUGCCUCUCAAGGCGACGGUCGCGGUGGGGAGGUUGAACCCCAGGGGCUGAGAGGGGCGGGGGGGAAUGACUGGGACCAGCCUGCUGACCUGGACCGCCAGGGCAGCUUGCCUGCCACGUCAGCAGGCGAGGGCGACGAGAAGGCCAAGGAGGGGAGGGAGGGGAGGGAGGGCGCUCGGGGUAGGGAGCGGCGCAACAUGAACAUGAACAUCAACAUCGGGUCAAAACUCAAGUCGCUGUGGGAGGCGAAGCCGGGUGCCUCCCCGCGCAGCAGCAUGAGCAACAACAGCAACGGGCCUCCCAUGCAGCGCAGCAGCACUGACUCGCGGCGCUCCCCCACGGGUGGGAUGGGGCGAGGGGGCAUGCAGGCGGGCGAGGAGGGGGGCGUGGCGGACAGUGAGGCAGCGGGGCCGUUCCGAUCGCACACGAGUGGACGCAUGGGCAGUGGCACGGGCGGGAGUCCUGAGGGAGCCACAUGUGAUGAUGAGAGCGGCAGUGGCAGCGGCAGGGCCCCAACGCGGCAUGCGUCCAUGGCUUUCCACUUCUCGCCCGCUGUGCUGGCCCCCUCCACGCGCUCGCCCCGCUCCUCCUCCUUCCACCGCUCGCUCUCCGUUCCCCGCCGCCUGGCUGCUGGGGCAGGCGGCGCAGGAGGGGAAAACGGGGCGGGGUGUAAUGGUGCCGAGGGGGACGAGAGCGAAGGGGGUGUGUGUCCAGGAGAGGGUGAGCAAGUGGAUACAGCAGCAGGUGAGCAAGUGGAUACAGCAGCAGGUGCGCCACUCUCCCCCUCACCACUGUCCCCCUCGCCGAUCUCCCGUUCGCCGCUCUCCCCUGCAGUGUCCUCCAGUCGCCACAUAGCUCGCAGCUUUCAGAGUGCGAGGGAAGUGCGAGGCGGGGCGGGCAUGGUGGGCACUCAAGCCACGGGCAGCGCUCCGGGGUCACCCAUGCGGGGGGCAGCAGCCCUGCAGGCUGCACGCAUGGCAUCAGUGGCACGCGAUGCAGCGACGGUUGGGGAUGCAGGGGCGGAAGAGGCGAGGGGCAGUGGCCGGGCGGAGGAUGGAGCAGCAACGGGGCGUGAGGAAUCGGAGAGAGGCGAGGGCAUUCAAGCAGGAGCAGCUGAUGGCAGCCCACCAGGUGGUGAGAGUGUGCCGAAUGGAGAGAGCAGGGAGGGUGGAGGGGCGGGGGCGGAGGCAGAGGGGGAGGAGGGGCCAGCGAAGGUGAAGGUGACGCGGCGGCAGUACAUGGAGAUGAAACGCGCUGCCCAGGCUGCCGUUGCUGCCCAGGCCGCUUCCCAGGCUGCUGCUGCUGCUGCAACAGCAGGUGGCAGCAGUGGAGCGCAACCCGCCCCUGCCAUGCCCGCCACCCCGCGGUCGCGCUUCGCUGACGCCCUGCAGAGCCCGCGCCUGCUGCCUGAGUGGCAUGGUGGGCGGGGCAUGGGCGCGGGUAGAGGGGCGGGCAGCGUGCUGGAGAGGCGCAAAUCGGGCCUGAGAGGCAAGGCGGCGAGAGACGCCGCCACUGUUGCUGCUGAAAGGGCUUCUAGUGAAGGCGGUGCUGUGGGUAGUGGCGUGCAGGGUGGAGGGGAGGGCAGCCGAGGUGGAGAGGUGGAGGGUAGUGGUGCUGUGAGGCAGGCAGGGAGCAUGGGAGAUGCAGGGGCAGACGGCGAGGUGGGGGGAGUUGAGGAAAGUGAGGGGGAGGUGGUGAAGGAGGCAAGGGAGGGCGGUGGAGCAGUGAGUGGUGACUUGCCAUGCCUGCCGCCGCCUGACGCCCCUCAAGUCGUGCAGUGUCCGCACUGCGCUCAAGCCCUCGCCGUGCCGCCCAUGCCGCGGCGGCGCAAGCAGGGAGGCGUGCAGAAGCUGCGGUGCGGCGGCUGCCAGCAGAUCUCCACCUUCGCCGCCCCGCCCCUCCCCUCGCACUCUCAACCCUACCAGCCGCCCUUCGCCCCCGCCCACCCCCCCUCCUCACCGUCAGCGUCCCUCAGCCCAUCCCCCCGCCACCCCCUCGCCUCCCCCUACCGCUCCCUCUCCUCCCCCCUCGCGCGCCUCCCCCUCGCAAUCCCGUCCAGCCCCCACGGCCACCCCGGUUCCCCCAAUGCCACGCCCAGGGCGGCCCCCCAGUCCCCUCAGGGCGUGCCGAGGAGCACGAGCCAGGAGAGUGGGUCGAGGGGGGCGGGGGGGGGCUGGCAUGGGCACGGGCAGGGCGUGGGAAGCAGGCGGGGGGAUGUGACACGAGACCUGUCGCCCCUCAGCGUGCCCUCGCCCCGCCUCGCCCGCGCACGAGGCAACCCCGCCCCCUCGCCCCUCAAGGGGCACUCAGGGGCGCGGGGGGCAGGCAGGGCGCUCAAUGGCGUGGUGGGGGCGGGGGGAGGAGGAGAGGGGCGGCUGCGGGGAGGUAUGAGCAGUGGUGGGCAGGAGGGAGACAGAGAGGAGGGGGAUGGGGCUGGGGAUGUGGGGGGGCGUGUGAGUGGCAGGGGGGACGAGGGCGAGUGGGGUGGGGCAGGGUGUGGGGCGGAAGGGUGGGAGGGGCAGACGGGUGGAGAGGGGCAGGAGACAGAGGGGGAGGGGGAGGGGUGGGUGGGGGAAAGCAAUGGGAGCGAGUGGAGUGGGGGGGCGAGCACGGAGUGGAGUGGGGGAGGGGGAAGUGUGCAGUGGAGUGGUGACAGCGGCAGCGAGUGGGCGGGGGAGCGGGGCGGGGCGAGGGAGGGCGAGACGUAUGAGCGGAGAGUGGUGGUGAACGGGGCUGCCAUCAGCGAUGCAGACGUGCAGCAGGCAGAGCUGCUGGCGGGACCCAUCGAUCCCGGCCACUACUGGUGCCCCCCUCCUCCCCCCUCCUCCCCCCUCCCCCUCUCUCCCACACCUCCUUCUCCUCCGCCUUCCCAACCCUCCUCAAACCUCGCUCUCUCUCACUCCCUUUACCUUGUUCCAUCGCCCCACCCCCUCCUCCCUCUUCCCAUGUCCUCUCCCUCUCGCUCUCCCUUGUUCUCUUGUCACACACAAGUCCGUGUACCGUGCUUGCUCGCUCAGCUUGCCCCACUUGUCCUGCUCUACUCCCCUGCACCCCUCCGCAG